AUGCAUCCCCUCGUGGCCGCCGAGCUCGAGGGCCGCGGCGAUGGCGUUCCCUUUCGGGCGGUGACGCAGCACGUCCACCGCACCUGGGCGCGCACCUUUUCCUGCGUUCCCGAGCUCUACAUCCAGCCCGAAUCCCUCGCCGAGGUCGAGAAGCUCGUUGGUCUGGCCCGGAGAUGUCGCCGUCGCGUCGUCGUUACCGGCUGCGGCCACUCGCCGUCCAACAUCACCUGCACCUCCAGUUGGCUCGUCAACCUCGACCGCUUCAACAAGAUCCUUUCUGUGGAUGAAAGCACGGGUGUCGUCGUGAUGCAGAGCGGCAUUCGGCUCUACGCGCUGUGCGAGGAGCUCGAGAGACAUGGCUUGGCCAUGCCCAACCUCGGUAGCAUCAACCAGCAGUCCAUCGCCGGUGCCAUCUCCACCGGCACGCACGGCAGCAGCGUCCGGCACGGCCUCAUGUCCGAGGAUAUCGUUUCUCUCAAGAUCACCCUAGCGAGCGGCGCCACCGAGUUCUGCUCCGCGGACGUCAAGCCUGACCUGUUCCGAGCUGCCCUCCUCUCCCUCGGGGCCCUAGGCAUCAUCACCGAGGUCGCCUUCCGGGCCGUGCCUGCCUUUACGCUCAAGUGGAAGCAGACCAUCGACGCUGACCGGAAAUUGUUCGAGUCGUGGCCUCGAGACUUGUGGACGCAGAGUGAAUUUGUCCGCGUUUGGUGGUUCCCUUAUACUCGCCGCGCGGUCGUCUGGCAGGGAGACAAGACGACAGAGGCCGAAGCCGACCCGCCGGUCAGCUACUACGAUGGAGCGCUAGGCUACUACGUCUAUCACAACCUUCUAUAUCUGGCGCAGUAUGUCCCGCGCGUGCUGCCAUGGGUCGAGUGGUUCGUGUUUGGCAUGCAGUAUGGCUUUGCGAAUGGGUCUGCUACCACCGCUGUGCAGCCCAGCCGCAAGGCCUUGCUCAUGAACUGCCUCUACUCUCAGUUUGUCAACGAAUGGGCGAUUCCUCUUCACAAGGGGCCCGAAGCUCUGCGCCGGCUCAGCUCCUGGCUUAACCACCUGACGCCCGAGGACCCGGACUACGUGCCUCACAAGAUUCCCUUUUCAGCUGAUGGCCUCUACGUUCACGCACCGGUCGAAGUCCGCGUCAGCGACACGACGCUCACAUCCAACGUCCGGCCCUUCCUUGACCCGACCGUCGAGGACGGACCGACACUGUACCUCAACGCCACGCUAUAUCGCCCCUACUGGAGCGACCCGCCAUGCCGGGAGCGAUACUACGAGGCGUUCGAGUGGCUCAUGAAGGACCUGGGCGGACGCCCGCACUGGGCGAAGAACUUUGAGACGUACCGAUCCGACAUCGAGUCCAUGUACGGCAAAGGCCUUUCUGAGUUCCGGCGUGUUCGAGAUGAAGCCGAUCCCGAGGGUAUGUUUGUUGGCCCGUGGCAUCGGGACCGCGUCCUUGCGGAGGGUUCGCAGUUUGCUCUGGAGGAAGUCGAACUGGCGCGUCAAAGGGCCCCUGGCGGGGGUUUACGGGUAUUUGGACAUGUGCACUGA